GGCUCCUCAACGGGAAUGGCUAGGGGGCCCGACCGCGUUGGCAGUAAGCGAAAGCGCGACUUGAAUUAAACUUCGAUGUGGCAAGAUUUAUGGCGGGGGCUGCCAAACUUGUAUCAAAGCAAGCUCCGUAAGAUAUUUUAUGUCUUGACGUAAAGGCGCCAGCAGCCAGGCGGCCGACGGGCGCCAGCUGCAGACUUCUGUCGAUGUUCUAAAAUUUCUUACGUUCUACGAGCUCUUUUCAGUGACGAUGUGUGCUUUUUAAUGACUUACUGUGAUUAUCGGCAAAAGCGGAGUGCAGUACAUCCACUUGAAGUCGAGUGUCACCGCCAAAAAUGUUUACGCGCGCAGCGAAGGAACUUCUACGCAACACUAUCAGCAGUGUCGACCACCACAACAGGGUUCUAGAAGAACAGGAGAUGUGGCGUCAAUGGGAGCUGGAGAAGGGCCUCACCAUGAUGGUGUCAGACGAGACUCUGCGUGCACGACAGCAUCACAGGCGAUCCCCCAAGCAGUCCUCGAAGCGUCGCCGGUCCCCCCAGCAGCCACUGCCAGCUGUUAGCAGUAGCUCUCAAGAUAGGUGGGGCCACAGUGGCUAUCGGGAGCUCUACCCUGAAGAAUUCAGCCCCCCAAGACACAAGCGGCAUAGACGGUCCUCCAGCCACCACAAGAGGAAGUCGAGUCACCGGAAGUCACACCACAAGAAAGCCUCCUGCCAGGAAGGUCGUCGCAGUCGGUCACGCCAUCGUCACCAGCGUAGAGACUCCUCAACCAGCAGUAGCAGUAGUAGCAACAGCAGUAACAAGUCUGACUCCUCAGACAGUGCAAGCAGUAGUGAUGCUGAACUGGUGUGGGAAGAACGCAAGACUUGAACUACUCUGGCGUGGCAAAAGGAUACGCGUGUAACUGCUACACAUGUGGCUCUAUAUUGCUGUGGCUUGCAAGAUGAUGCCAGUGCAAGGCUUAGCAAGCCCAGUGGUCUGUGUGGCUUGCUGUGGGCCUGCAGAGUGCAACCAGGUUUUCUUCAUUGUUCAUGAGAAACAGUGUGCUGUCCCUUCUCUUGAAAGC